AUGUUUCUGUUCACAAAUGUUUUGCUUUUAGGAGCCAAUUCUCAAAGUAGUGGCCGUAAACGAAGGCGCGGUGAUGACGAAGAUGGCGACUAUGUGAACUAUCGACCUGACGAAUUGGCUUUCAAUAAGAGCGAAUAUUUCAAGGUUGAAAAAGUGCUUGCCUCAUGGGGAUGGGGGCGAUGGGCCGAAAUGAAGAAAAGCGGAGAGUUAGAGGUCUCUGAAAUGGAUAUCGCUCAUAUGGCAAGAACGUUGCUGCUCCAUUGUGUAAGGGAAUACCGCGGAGAUGAGAAGAUUAGGCAAACCGUGUGGCAGAUGAUAGCGCCUCAAGGAGCGAAGAAUGCUAAAGAGCCCAAAGGAUCGCAGUCGAUCUAUCACCAGGGAUGGGCAGCACUACCUGAGUUCAAUCCACCUAACUUCGCGCUGGAUGCGUCAUUCCAGCGUCAUGUUCAUCGACAUGCCAACAAACUGCUUGUGAAAAUCGAUCAACUGAGACAUCUACAGAAGACGAUCAUUGGUGCUAAAGCUACAGAAAUCGAAGCAGGAGCAAACUGGUCAUCAAUUGACAUAACUGUACCAACCCUAGUGGAGCCAAUGUGUGAUGGCUGGGAUGCUGACUGUGACAAGUGCCUUCUUAUUGGGAUUUAUAAACAUGGUCUGGAUAACAUCGAGACUAUUCGAGGUGAUGAAACA